AUGCCGCUGCCGCGGGGCUCCCUCGCGCUCUGCCUGGCCCUCCUGCCUGCGCUCUGCGCGCCCCUGGAGACCGAGGUGGUCACCCCGCUCCGCCUCGACCCGGACCUCAACGGGCGCCAGUAUUUCCAGCGGGGCCCCGAGGAUCCCCCGCAGCAAGGAGCGAUCUUCCAGAUCAGCGCCUUCCGCGAGGAUUUCUACUUGAACCUGACCCCGGACGCGCAGUUCCUGGCGCCCUCCUUCGCCACGCAGUACCUGGGCGCCCACGCGGCCGGCCGGGGCGAGCAGCAGGGCGACCUGCGCCACUGCUUCUACUCCGGGGACGUCAACUCGGAGCGGGACUCCUUCGCCGCCUUGAGCCUGUGCGGCGGGCUGACGGGGGCGUUCGGCUACCGCGGGGGCGAGUACCUCAUCAGCCCCUUGCGCAACGCCAGCGGCGACCGGGCGCGGCGCAACAGCCAAGGCCAGCACCUGUUGCAGCGCCGGAGCGCGCCGGGCCACGCCGCCACCUCCCGCUGCGGCGUGGGCUCCAGCCUGAACCCGGCCAUCCUGCAGGCGCUGGAGAAGUACAAGUUCAGCCAGGCCGACGGCCGGCCCAGCCCGCGCGCCAACGAGACGGGCCGGCCCGGGGCGCCCAAGAAGAGCGGCCGCGCCAAGCGCUUCGUCUCCAUCCCCCGCUACGUGGAGACGCUGGUGGUGGCCGACGAGUCCAUGGCCAAGUUCCACGGCGACGACCUGCAGCACUACCUGCUCACCCUGAUGGCCACGGCGGCCCGCCUCUACCGGCACGCCAGCAUCCAGAACCCCAUCAACCUGGCCGUGGUCAAGUUCAUGGUCAUCGGGCAGGACGACAAAGGGCCCAAGGUGACGGGCAACGCGGCGCUCAGCCUGCGGAAUUUCUGCGUCUGGCAGAAGAAGUGGAACAAGGGCAGCGACAAGCACCCCGAGUACUGGGACACGGCCAUCCUCUUCACCAAGCAGGAUUUGUGCGGUGCUACCACGUGUGACACUUUGGGAAUGGCAGACGUUGGCACCAUGUGCGACCCCAAACGCAGCUGCUCAGUCAUUGAGGAUGAUGGCCUUCCUUCAGCUUUCACCACGGCUCAUGAGCUAGGCCACGUGUUCAACAUGCCCCAUGACAACGUGAAGGUCUGUGAGGAGGUCUUUGGUAGGUUGAGGACCAACCACAUGAUGUCACCCACUCUGAUCCAGAUUGAUCGCACCAAUCCUUGGUCGGCUUGCAGCGCUGCCAUCAUCACCGACUUCCUGGACAGUGGACACGGUGACUGUCUCUUGGACCAACCCAGCAAGCCCAUCCCAUUGCCCGAAGACCUUCCUGGCACUAAUUACAACCUCAACCAGCAGUGCGAACUGGCCUUCGGCAUUGGGUCCAAGCCCUGUCCGUACAUGCAGUACUGCACCAAGCUGUGGUGCACGGGCAAGGCACGGGGCCAUAUCAUGUGCCAGACUCGCCACUUCCCUUGGGCUGAUGGCACCAGUUGUGGAGAAGGAAGGUUCUGCUUGAAGGGCACCUGUGUCGAGAGGCAUAACAUCAGUAAGUACCGGGUGGAUGGCAACUGGGGGAAAUGGGCGCCCUAUGGCCAGUGCUCUCGGACCUGUGGCGGAGGAGUCCAGCUGGCGAAGCGUGAAUGCAACAACCCGCCUCCUGCCAAUGAAGGGAAGUACUGUGAAGGGGUUCGAGUGAAAUACCGCUCCUGUGGUCUGGAUCCCUGCUCUGAUUCAGUCCCAGGGAAGAGCUUUCGAGAAGAGCAGUGUGAGGCUUUCAACGGCUACAAUCACAGCACAAACCGGCUGACUGCCACGGUCUCCUGGGUCCCCAAGUAUUCGGGGGUGUCACCUCGGGACAAGUGCAAGCUCAUCUGCAGAGCCAAUGGAACUGGGUACUUUUACGUCUUGGCUCCGAAGGUGGUGGAUGGUACGCCGUGUUCUCCAGACUCCACCUCGCUGUGCGUCCAGGGCAAAUGUAUCAAGGCUGGAUGUGAUGGGAAACUUGGCUCCAAAAAGAAGUUUGACAAAUGCGGAGUGUGUGGAGGAGACAACAAAAGCUGCAAGAAGGUCUCAGGGUUGUUCACCAAACCCAUGCAUGGCUACAACUUUGUGGUGCUCAUCCCCGCUGGAGCUUCCAGUAUCGACAUCAGACAGAGAGGCUACAAGGGCUUGAUCAGUGACGACAACUACCUGGCGGUGAAAAAUGGCCAUGGCAAAUAUCUCCUCAAUGGACAUUUCAUCGUCUCGGCCGUGGAAAGGGACCUGAUGGUCAAGGGCAGCGUGUUGCGCUACAGCGGGACGGGGACGGCCGUGGAAAGCCUCCAAGCCUUUAUGCCCAUCCUGGAGCCCUUGACAGUGGAGGUGUUGUCGGUUGGGAAGAUGACUCCACCUCGGGUGCGCUACUCCUUCUACCUGCCCAAAGAGAGCAAAGAGGACAAGUCCUCGUACCGCAAAGAUGGGAGGCGCCCGCCAGUCCUCAACAACAGCAUCCUCAGCCUCUCCAAUCGCCUGGAUACGGGCAGGCCGGAUUACAAACGCCCCUCAUCCAAGUGGGCCACCACCAGCUGGGAAGACUGUUCCGUCACCUGUGGCAACGGGCUGCAGAAGCGCAUGGUGCUUUGCCGCGACGCCCUCGGCCAGCUGGCCUCCUCUUGCGACACCACGCAACGGCCCAUCGACAUCCGGAUAUGUGGGGAUCCCUGCCCCGCGUGGGAGGUCUCCCCCUGGUCCUCGUGCUCCAAAACCUGUGGCAGGGGGUUUAAGAGGCGCAUGCUGAAAUGCACAGGGCGAGGUGGCACCCUGCUGGCCCGUGACCGCUGCAACCUCAGGAAGAAGCCGCAAGAGUUGGACUUUUGCACCCUGAGGCCAUGCUGACCGGGCUGGACCCAUUUCUGACCAAGGCAUCACGUGCAGCAUUUCGGCUCUUGACCGACAAGUGGCUGAAAGUGUAAAAUCUAGCCUCCGGGGGGAGGGAGAGGGAGUCGACUGAAUGGAGGGUGGGGUGUCUGUUACAUAGCGCAUUUCAACAAACAAAAGGAUUUUGACCGAGCAGAGGGAAAGAGUGCCAGUGAGAAGGGGCUGAGUAAGGGUGUUCUUUUUUUCUUUUGACGAUCCAGUCGCUCAGUGGUAAAGCAAGAAUAAACAACUACCUCGAAGCUGCCAAACCACCCACACUCCAACACGGCCUUCUGCGGGCGUGAAGGAGAAAGGCAAGAACAGAAUUGAGAGAAAUUGCCGUCCAAGAUGGACCAAAAGACAAUGGCGGCCAUUCCGUAGAGCCGUGGCCCCAACCUGUU